AUGUGUUUCCAGACGAUCAAGUACGAGUGCGGCCACGAAAAAGAAGAGGUUCUCGACUGCAGCAGCCGCACCGGUCUAUACGGCCUCUUCAUGAACCUAUACUACCUUCUCUACCCGGGCGAGACCGAUCCCCUGCCCUGCGACACCGACGCCCGUGUAUACGUGUACCGCUCCAACGACUGUCAGCGGUGUCUGAGACGGAGCAUCCCCGCCCUCCGCAAGCGCGAGCGUAGGCUCCGUCGCACCCUUCGCGGUGACUUCGUCGACUACAGUGAUCAGUCCGAAAGGUCGGCGUCCCCCAGGCCCAUUUCAAGGCGGCAGCCAGCGCCGCUACGGCCGAGGGGCUCAAUAGAGAAUCUCCAUGAAGUGUACGAGGAACUAGUCCUGCCUGAGUACGCUCAGGCUGUCAGCACCAGAGUGGACGAGUCAGAUAGCGCGAGUAGCGACUCCGAUGCGUCGUGGGAUGCGGCCUCCGAGCCAUCGACCACGCUCAAGAGCCGAAGAACCUGGUAUGCGUCUCCAAGCUUGGUCCCAUCGACAGACCUCCCGAACAAUGACUCUAUGGAAUCCUUCGCUUGUAUCACGGCACAGCAACUGGAAGAAUCGGCUGGUCCAACGAAAAUUGUCUCGCGUGUGGAAUGGUAG